AUGGAUGGAAGAUUGUUUGAGGCAGCUCGAACUGGCGACGUUAGUUUAUUGCACCAAUUACUUCUUGAAAAACCUUCGAUUCUAGCUGAUUGUCAGCUCAUCUUUCCCCACGAGAACCCGUUAAACAUUGCUACUAAGGCCGGACAACUGGCUUUUGUGCAACAAAUACUUAAACACAGACCAGAUUUCGUAAGACAAUCAAACCAAGAUGGGUUUCGGCCGCUGGACAUUGCUUCCGCAUUUGGGUACGUAGAAAUAGUGAAAGAGAUCACAACUUGUUAUCGUGAUGUUUGCCGUCUUAAGGGAAGAGAAGGAAGAACAUGUCUUCAUUAUGCUGCUAUAAAUGAAAGGGUUGAGAUUAUUGAUGAAUUACUUAACACUUCUGGUGAGUGUGUUAAAGAUGUGACAUCUCUCGGUGAAACUGCUCUUCAUCUAGCUUUGAAAUACUAUAAGGUUGAAGCCUUUACAAACUUGGUCAAAUGGCUGGAAGAGCUUGGUUUGGAAGAGCUUGUGAAUUCGGUUGAUAAAGAUGGAAACACCAUCUUGCACCUCGCGGUAUCUAGAAAACAACUUGAGAGUGUAGAGCUUCUGCUUAAAAGCAGCAAUAUCAGCAACAUACUGGAACUGAACGUCAGGAACUCGAGGGGUUUCACAGCGACGGAUUUGUUAGAUAAUUCACCCGUAGACAAUCCAAAUGAUAUUCGACUAAAGGAAAUCCUCCAAUUUGCGGGAGCCCUCAGUACAGAAACUCCUCAUAACACUAUGAUAAACAAUCCAAAGCAUUCUACAGGAGUUUCAAAAGACUGGAUUAAGUAUUUUCAAUUUCAAAUGGAAAGGGACUCACCAAGUGAUACUCGCAAUGCACUAUUAGUCGUAGCCGCAUUGAUUGCAACUGUGACAUUCCAAGCAGGGAUGAACCCACCAAGUAGCUUUACUCUGGGUGCACCCGCAGCCAAUUCCACCAGUACUACGAGCUCUGCUCCUUCUCCGGUUAGUACUCCAGAGAAGGAAUAUAAUUAUCCAGGAGUUACCUCUGGUUUACUUGCUGUUUUUGCGAGUUCAGGCUCUCUAGUCACAUCCAAUUUGUUUUAUGAAGAAGGCAGGGACUCGCCAGCAAAUGCCCGAAAUGUGAUCCUGGUGGUGGUCACUCUCAUUGCAGCAGUGACUAUUCCUGGUGGUGUUUGGCAAGAUAAAGAUGAUGGACAUGCUCCAGGAUAUGGGGUUGCUACAGCUGCAAUGUUGGUAACUUAUACUUCCGCUCUUUAUGCUGUUACGCCUGAUGAUUCUUUGAAUCUUAUGUACGUCUUGAUUGCUGCUGCUCUGCCUUUUGUGAUUCGUUGUUUAAUCCACUUGUUCAAUAAGUGUAUCAUUAGAUUCAAGUCCAAAAGUAACAUGCAUCCUGAUGAUUGA